AUGCCAGUUGAUUUUAAAAGAAAAUUUCCAAGGACUAGAGUUAUCUUUGAUGCUACCCAGAUUCCUAUCCAGAAAUCUCAAGACGUUAACAUUCAGAGUGUGAAUUGGUCUUCCUACAAGCACAAAAAUACUGUGAAAACUAUGGUCGGGUGUACCCCAAGAGGUGCUAUAUCCUAUAUUUCAGACUGCUAUGGGGGAUCUACCAGUGACAGGCAGAUUAUUGAAGACUCAAGGCUUUCAGAUAAUACCAGGUUUGAAUCUGGGGAUAGUAUAAUGGCGGAUCGAGGCAUUAUGGUUCAAGACCUCUUUGCAAACAACGAUGUGUAUGUUAAUACGCCUACAAUGCUGAAAGGAAAAUUACAACUAGAGCCAGAAGAAAUUGUGAGGGAUAGACGUGUUGCAUCCAAGCGUAUCCAUAUAGAACGUGUUAUAGGAUUAGCCAAACGUUUUAAAAUUCUCAAGUCUGAACUACCAAACACCAAACUGUCACUGAGUAACAGAAUUGUAUUUGUUUGUUUUGCAUUGACAAAUUUCAAAAAUGCAAUUGUUGAUAAAUUUGCCUAG